AUGGGUCUGUUCAGGUCAGAUCAGCCAGGGGAGCAGGAUGGGCUGCAAGACAAGGCUGCAGCAGUGGAGCUGGGGGAGACAAAAGAAACAAGGGGGGAAAGUAAAGGGGAGAGCGAAAUGACUGAGAGUGAGGCAUAUUCCUUUAAUCCCAAUGACAAGGACAAUCAGAGUACGCUCAUCCAAGUCUGUAGCAGAGUACGGGACUGCUUUAAACCUGUCGGGCUGACUCUCCGGCAUGUCUUGCUCCGGUUCGGUGAAGAUUGGAUCUUUCUCUUCUUACUUGGAAUCAGCAUGGCCAUUAUCAGCUUUGGGUUGGAUGUCACCAUUGCCAAGUUACAGAGAAUGAACCUGUGGGUGUACGAUUCUCUGAACAAUUACCUGUACCUACAGUACUUCUCCUGGGUCCUGUAUCAUGUGUUACUUAUGAUGAUUUCAGCAGGAGUCGCAAAAUACAUCUCUCCGCAGGCAGCAGGAUCCGGUAUCCCAGAGUUGAAGGUAACACUGCGAGGCGUCGUAUUAGCCGAAUUCUUCACAUUCCGUACUUUUGUUGCCAAGCUAAUUGGCGUCACUUGUACCCUUGCAGCCGGCAGCACUAUUUUCCUAGGCAAAGUGGGUCCCUUUGUACAUAUGGCAACUAUACUGGCUACCCUUUUAGGGAAGCUUAUGGUGAAAAUUGUGGGUGCUAAAGAGAAUCCGAGCAGGAAAUAUGAGCUUUUAAUAGCUGGAGCAGCUGUCGGCGUGGCUUGCUGCUUUGUGGCUCCCGUGGGGGGUGUCUUGUUCAGUGUUGAAGCCACGGCCACGCAUUUCGCAGUUCGCAAUUACUGGCGUGGAUUCUUUGCUGCAACAUGUGCAGCGUUAAUGUUCCGGCUACUGGCAGUCAUCAAAAGUGAAAGAGAGACUGUGGCCGUCCUGUUCAAUACGAACUGGCGAGUGGAAUUCCCCUUCGAUCUCCCUGAGUACUUUUCGUAUGCCCUGCUGGGAGUGGUCUGCGGCUGUGUCUGCUGCGUCUAUCUCUUCCUCCACCGCGUCACUCUGCUGUUCCUGAACAACAAUGAGCGGGUCGGGAAACUGCUGAGAAAUAAUAAGAUUGUCUACGCAGCCCUGGUUUCUUUUAUUCUGGCCAGUAUCACAUUCCCACAUGGAUUUGGUCAGUACAUGGGAGGCACUCGGCUCACCAUGAAGGAACAUCUAGAAAUGUUCUUUAACAAUGUCACUUGGGGGAUCGAGGAACUAUCUGUGAAUGUUAGCGCCUCCAGACAGCCACCCAACCCGAGCUACGACAAUAACUUUCUGCAGUGGAUGCACCCUAACAUGUCAGCUAUCGAAAAGCUUGCCAUUUUCAUAGUUCUGAAGUUCUUUAUGUUGCUCUUAGCAAAUACGAUGAUCAUCCCCGCAGGAUAUUUCCUCCCGGUCUUUGUAUAUGGUGCUGGACUCGGAAGACUUUAUGGAGAAAUAAUGGCUAAAAUCUUUCCAGAAGGCAUUAUCUCCGAGGGAAUCAAUAUUAAGAUCACGCCGGCAGGAUACGCACUGGCAGGGGCUGCAGCCUAUUCUGGGGCCGUGACGCAAACUAUUUCCACCGCUCUGCUAGUGUUUGAGCUUACAGGACAGAUGUCUCAUAUUUUGCCUGUGCUAAUUGCUGUUCUUAUAGCCAAUGCCAUCAGCCAAAGCUGCCAGAAUUCCUUCUUUGACCUCAUCAUAAUUAUUAAGAAACUGCCGUAUCUACCGAAGCUCACCAUGGGAAGAAGCAGUGCCCAUGAUAUCAGUGCAGAAGAUUUCAUGAUAACAGACCUGCUCUACCUGGUGAAGGGCUUUAAAUACAAGGAUGUUCGAAAUCUGCUCAAAACAUCAGAACUCAGACAGUUUCCCAUUGUGGAUGCAGAAGAAUCCAAGAUUCUCCUAGGCACGGUCAGUCGGAAGACCCUGAGCAAGAUGUUGUCAGAUCAGCUUAGUACGGAGCGGAGAAUUCAAUUCAUGCUUAAUCGGGGUGGAACAGAAAACCUAGAUUGCAGCCUUACUGUAAAUUCUAUGGGAGAGAAUGGAUCAUCAAGACCCAGACUGCCAAGAACAGACACGUCGGAAGCUGUGGACUCCGCGUAUAGUGUCCAAGACACAGUGCCUUAUGACAGUGAGGAGGUAACAAAACCACGCAGCGAAGGGCGUAAGAGACGACCCAGCAAAUUCCGGAGCCAAUACCUGAAAUUAGUGGAAGAGUGGGAAUGCCAGCAGCUGAACGAGGUAGUAUCCAUGGAAGUGUUAAACAUUGACUCGGCUCCGUACCGACUGGUCGAAAAGCAGACUCUGUACCAGGUUUAUGACCUGUUUAACCUUCUUGGACUACGCAUGGCUUAUGUCACCAGCACUGGCAGACUUAUAGGAGUGGUAUCUCUGAAAGAGAUAAAGGAUGCUGUACAAGGAUCCGUGAAAGGAACAUUCGUCCCACGAGCCAACAAAACACAGGAUGGAAAUGAGGAGACUAUCUCCCUACAUGCCCUCUCUACACCCCCGACACCAAGACCAUCAUCCAGCUGACAACUCAUUUCAAAUGGAGUAACUAUGAACUAACAAGACAUUUUCAUGAAAAUUACUGCUUAGAUGGAGUAGGUUGGUUAAGAUUGAGUAGUAGAAAUGAGGUGUUUGUCAUGGCCCUCAUUGGGUUUCUUACCACCUACUCAAACACUUGGGCAGCCUCCAAGGUUUCGCUAAAUUAUAUCACUUCAUUUUUAUGGGGACUUUUCAUAAAUAUAUGUUUUUAGCAAAUAAAUAUGUAAAUAUCCAAA